AACGAAAAUAUUACACAGCCGUACAAGGAAAAUUGUAUCCAAUUGGCAAAAUAAGCCCCAUAACUUCACUCAACGCUUGAACGCGCCAAAAUCCAGCCUGCUUGGAUUCGGUUAACAUUUGUGGGAGAUGUCCAAAAUUCUUAUUAGCGUUUUAAAUUCAAUUCAACUAUUUAACGCAACAAAACCUUUUGGACACAUCUUUGAGCAAGUGUGGCAUUUCCAGACACAAACGAUAAGCAGGUGGCAAUUAACAAACAAAAUGGGGCGCAGGUGGGAGCGAGUGAAGAGUGAAACGGAGACAGCAAUUGGAAACAGCAAAACUUAUACUUUAUUAUCAUACAACAUACUUGCACAAGAUUUAUUAACGGAACAUCUGUACCUUUACAUAGGCGUUGAGCCAUCAAUGUUGCGCUGGGAUCAUAGACUUUUACGUUUGACGGAAGAGAUUCAGUACAUAAAACCUGAUAUACUCUGUUUACAAGAAAUGCAAUUUAAUCACUUAAAAAGUCUGGUCAAGCAUAUCAGCUUUAAAAGAGAACUAGAAUAUGUAUUCAAGAAGAAGACUGGACACAGAACCGACGGUUGUGCAAUUAUCUACGAUAGAAGUAAAUUUAGACUACUGUCAGAGCGCCCUGUAGAGUAUUAUACCCCUGGUGAUGCCGUUCUAAAUCGCGAUAAUAUUGCGUUACUAGCCAAAUUUGCGGUUAGGAAGGAACCACAAAAGAAAUUUAUUAUAGCCACAACUCACUUACUUUACAAUCCAAAGAGGCAAGAUGUACGCAUCGCACAAGUGGGAAAACUAAUGGGUGCCAUUCAGCAGUACUCUGCGGAAACUGAGGGAGAAAAUAGUGCAUUCUUACCGGUUAUUUUAACAGGCGAUUUUAAUUUUGAACCCAAAACCAGGCCACAUCAACUGUUAUCUGAACCGUGUAAAUCAACACCAACCGAUCUAAAAUUUUCUGAAUCUGAGGUAGCUGGUGACAGCCAGCAACAAACUAGCAGAGAAUAUUAUUUAAAAGCACCGGACAAAGAUGCAAAUAGACUGCAAAUGAUGCCACUAGAUUUCGGUAUGCAAACUGCUUCAACGUUUCAAAAUAAAUGGAUAACGGUUGAUUACGUACUCCAAUCUGUUGAUAAGAAUCGGAAGAAAAUUCAAAUACGAUCUGUCUACUCGCUACCAAAUAUUAAUGACUGCGUACGUACGGGUGCUAUACCCAAUAAGUAUCUAGGUUCGGACCAUUACUCGUUAGGCAUAAAAUUCUCAGUAUUUUAGCACUGGACUUCACAUUGUUGCAAAAUAAAUAAAUUACCACAUAAAAUGUAUAAAC